AUCACCCUGCACAGCAUCACCCCGCUGCACCCACAGCCCUGGCAUCUCCUGAGCAACUGCGACCUGCCCGAGGACCUGGCCCGAGGACAGCACCAUAAGAAGCAGAGAAUGUCCACCAUGAAGAACUGCACAGAAAUCAGCAGCGUGUUGCAGGAUGGUAUUAUGCUAUUUCAGCUGAUCGUCUACAUCCCAGUCCUCACUUUGGGGCUCCUGCUGAACACCAUCGCCUUCUGGGUCUUCUGCUGCAAACUCAAGAGAUGGACUGAGACCCGUGUGUACAUGAUCAACCUCAUGGUUGCAGACUGCUCCCUGCUCUUCGCCCUGCCUUUCCUGAUAUAUUUUACCAAGAACAAGCAUCCCAUAGACAAGCUGUGUUUUGCCGUAGAGAUGAUAUAUUUUACAAACAGUCCUAUGAGCAUCUUCAUCAUCAUGCUGAUCGCCAUCGAUCGAUACAUUGCCAUCAAGUUCCCUCUGAAAGCAAAAACUCUUCGAUCCCCACUGAAAUCAGCCUGUAUCUGUGGGUUCCUUUGGAUAAUGCAAAUAGGUUAUUCCUACUGUGGCACAAUAUUUAAAAAAGAGAGGGAACAAUAUUGCUUUCAGAAGCAUUCUACUGAGCCUGCAUAUUUAACAAUGUUCUCCAUUUGCUUUCAGUAUUUGAUUCCCCUAGGGAUUAUAGUUUUUUGUUCCAUACAAGUCAUUAGAUGUCUCAGACAGAAGAUGGCCAGCAGCCACCAUGAGACAAAGCUAAUCCGGAAAGCAAUCCACAUUAUUUCUGUGAAUCUCUGUGUGUUCAUCAUAUGUUUUUCACCAAUCUACAUUGCACUACUCCUGCGGCUCGUGGCAGAGUUUGCUGGAGCUUGUCACCUGCUCUCAAAAGCUAGGGCUUCUAUUCAGAUCCUUUCAAGUUUAGCCAAUUCCAACUGCUGCGUCGAUGCAUUCUGCUAUUAUUUUGCAGCCAAGGAAAGUCAGGAAUUUCCCUCUCUGCUCCCCUCUUGUUUAUCAAUGGGGUCUAAGAUGAACCAAAGCCAAGAGUCGCAGCAACCCACAGAUCAAGUCAUUACAUAGGAAAAGGAUAGUGCACUACAGAUGUUAAGACCAAACUGCUGCACAGGUUCUGAGGCAGAGGGAAUGGGACCAUUUGCAGUUGCUCUAAGUAUGGGCAUCUCUAUAGAGAGGGAUUUGUUAAUAACUUGAAUUUCGUCCUGCUCCUGUCAUACUUAAAUGUGGCUCAGAUUAUUGCCUUCAGUAGUUGUAUCACAGGUUCAGGUGUCUCCUCAUCAACAGAGAGAUCCCCAUGGUACAGAGAAUAGCUGAUAAAGCCAUUGUUUAGACCACAGACUUUGUUGUACAUAUCAUGCAACUUAACAUAAGAAACUUAGCACUGCUACAGCAAUGUAUAAAGCCAUUUCUACUACUGUAAUUUCUGGUCAUUAAAAUAAGGGAAAAGCCGCUCCAGAACAACACCAAACCUAAAACAUCUGUGUCAAAGGAUUUGCCAGUACAGUGGUAGUUUCCUGCCACACUGUACAACCUCAGUGCCUGCAGCUAUCACCAGGAUGCUGGCUCACAUUCAGUCUGACUGGCCUGUAGCUCCCCUGAUCCUUCCGCCUGCUGUUGUGGAUGGGCACUGCAUUAACUAGCCUCCAAACAACUGCAUUCUCUCCGGUUGGCCAAGACUGCUGGUAAAUUAUGGACAGUGGCUUGGUGAGCACAUCUGGCAGCUCAUUCUGUACCUUGGUUCACAAAUGUCCAAUCUUUUGGCUUGCCUGGGCUGCACUGAGUGAUGAAGAACUGUCUCGAGUUGUGUAUACACAGGUUGCACCAAAAGUAACAUCUCUUAUUUAUUUCCAUGGCAACUACAACAGCUACAAAGAGCACAGUAACACUAUUGGAUAGAGCAAAUUCUCAGAUACAAAACACUAUUUUUCAUCAUAGUCAUCACCAUCAGCCAUCCCUUUUCAUCAGCAGUGAACAGGAGCCUGCGUGCCACACUCCUCAACACACCUUUGUGGAGAGAUCUUCAAGUCUGAAGACACGAUCAGACUUUUCUUUGAGCUGAAUGUUUGAUUGCAACUCUAUACAUUCCAUUUGAAAAAACACAGGUAACGUGUUUAUGUCAAUUGAAAAACAUAUUAUGAAUAUACCAAAAAAUCUGAAGAUUUCGGCAAUCUUAAGACCUCAAACUCCUGCAUCAGAAUGAAAAGCAUGGUUGCAAAUUUUAAUCUGUUCUCAGGACUGUGCUUAACCAGUGUAUCACAAUGCAAAUGAUUAUUUGCUGUCACUUGGGUUAGCACUGCACUGCGCCCUCCCCAUGCCCUGGUUUCAGCCCAGACAGUGUUGGUAGGACACUGAUGUUGUUGCUGAGCUAUGGGUGCAUGCUUGGGGCCAGGUAGUGCCACUCAGAGGGGCAGAGCUGCUGCCAAGAUGGUGUAGGGUGGGGGACAGCCAAAGGAUGGGCUGUGCUGGGCCUUACAUGGACUGUGGGCCAUGGGCUACACGUGCCUGCCCUAAGGUGAUCCCAUCUGGCCCUACAGAUCUGUGUGUGCUCACGUGGUGUAGUAGGUCACAAGUAACCUCCCCUUGGAUUGUAAGCACUUCAUUCUGUUCCAUGUCUCUGUGCUCAACCCACUCUUGCCUUCUCACUCAUCUUUGGCACAUAGGGACAGACUGCUCCUGUGCAUUCAAGAUUAAUUCCAGAAGAAUAUCUAUCCUUCCUGGACUCCUCUGUCCUUUAGAACUAUCUCCUGAGGGACUCUGUCAACCAGGUCCCUGAAAUAAACCAAAAUAUACCCUUUGAAAAUCCAAA